GGCCAUGGCUACCCAGGUGAUGGGGCAGUCUUCGGGAGGAGGAGGGUUGUUCCCCGGCAGUGGCAACAUGGGCCUGGCUUUGCCCAACGACAUGUAUGACUUGCACGACCUUUCCAAAGCGGAGCUGGCGGCCCCUCAGCUGAUCAUGCUGGCAAACGUGGCCUUAACUGGGGAAGUAAAUGGCAGCUGCUGUGAUUACCUGGUCGGUGAAGAAAGACAGAUGGCGGAAUUGAUGCCUGUUGGGGAUAGCAACUUCUCAGAUAGUGAGGGGGAAGGCCUUGAGGAGUCUGCCGAGAUAAAAGGUGAGCCCAGUGGACUGGAAAACGUGGAACUGAGGGGCUUGGAACUCAGUGUGGUGGAACCUCAGCCUGUAUUUGAGACAUCAGCUGCCCCAGAAAUUUACAGCUCCGGGAAAGAGCUCCCUCCCGAGACACCUGGGGCCGAGGACAAAUGCAAGAACUCCAAGACCAAGCCCUUUCGCUGUAAGCCCUGCCAGUAUGAAGCAGAAUCUGAAGAGCAGUUUGUUCAUCACAUCCGAGUUCACAGUGCCAAGAAGUUUUUUGUGGAAGAGAGCGCGGAGAAGCAAGCCAAAGCCAGGGAAUCUGGCUCUUCCACUGCAGAGGAGGGAGAUUUCUCCAAGGGCCCCAUUCGCUGUGACCGCUGUGGCUACAACACCAAUCGAUACGAUCACUAUACCGCACACCUGAAGCACCACACCAGAGCUGGGGACAACGAGCGCGUGUACAAGUGCAUCAUUUGCACGUACACAACAGUCAGCGAGUAUCACUGGAGGAAGCACUUGAGGAACCAUUUCCCAAGGAAAGUAUACACGUGUGGAAAAUGCAACUAUUUUUCAGACCGAAAAAACAACUAUGUCCAGCAUGUUAGGACUCAUACAGGAGAGCGCCCGUAUAAAUGUGAACUGUGUCCUUAUUCCAGUUCUCAGAAGACUCAUCUGACGAGACAUAUGCGUACUCAUUCAGGUGAGAAGCCAUUUAAGUGUGAUCAGUGCAGUUACGUGGCCUCGAACCAGCACGAGGUCACGCGCCACGCGAGGCAGGUGCACAACGGGCCGAAACCCCUGAACUGCCCACACUGCGACUACAAGACGGCGGACAGAAGCAACUUCAAGAAGCACGUGGAGCUCCACGUGAACCCCCGGCAGUUCAACUGCCCGGUGUGCGACUACGCGGCCUCCAAGAAGUGCAAUCUGCAGUAUCACUUCAAGUCCAAGCACCCCACGUGUCCCAGCAAGACCAUGGACGUCUCGAAGGUGAAGCUGAAGAAAGCCAAGAAGCGCGAGGCCGGCGGGCCCGAGGGCGGCGCGGCCGAGGACAGGGCGGACGCGGGGCCGCGCGAACGCGCGCGGAAGGAGCAGGUGCUCAUCGAGGUGGGCCUGGUGCCCGUGAGCGACGGCCGGCCUGGCCAGGAGAGGGCGGGCUCGCCGGACCGGGCCCCGCCGCCGCCGCCGCCGCCGCCCCGGGAAAGCCUGCAAGAAGCCGCGUCCGCAGACCGGGCGCCGCGCCCCGCGGGCGAAGCAGAUGCAGAAGCCCCCGCUCCUGCAGCCGGAGAAGAGGCAGGCGCGAGCCCCGCCGCUGCCGCCGCGCCCGCCGAGGCCCCUGCCCGCGCUUCCCCCUCGGGACGGGGCGGGAGUGCGGCUGCUGAGAGGCAGCCCGGCGCCGUGGUGUGUGAAAUGGAAGCGGACGCCGACCGGAACACGGAGGAGCCUCUCCCUGGGGAGGGCCCCGCCGCCGAAGCCUCAGCGCCGCCGCUGCUUCCUGGAGCCCCGCGGCUGGGAGAGCGGGAAGCGGUGUCCGAGACCGCUGCGGCCUCGCCUCCCGUGACCGUGGCAGCGAGCGAGGCUCAGGAAAUUGACGAAGACGAGGGCAUCCACAGCCACGAUGGAAGCGACCUGAGCGACAACAUGUCGGAGGGCAGUGAUGACUCGGGCUUGCAUGGGGCGCGGCCAGGCCCGCAAGAAUCCGGUAGAAAGCCUGCCAAGGCAGCCCUGGCAGUCAGGGUGGCCGAGGGAGACUUUGUCUGCAUCUUCUGUGAUCGCUCCUUCAGAAAGGGAAAAGAUUACAGGAAACACCUCAAUCGCCAUCUGGUCAAUGUGUACUUCCUUGAAGAAGCCGCUCAAGGGCAGGAGUAA